AUGAGUAAAAAGAAGAAAGGUAAGAAUCAACAACAACAAAUACCAAAUAAAGAUAACUUUAGUAGAUUGAAUUAUUUGUAUCAAGCAUCAAAUUCAUUAAGUAAUAAUUAUCCAAUUUUAUCAAGAGGGUUGAAUAGAAAUUUAAAAUUAAUUUCAAAAAGAACUACAUUGAAAAUACAUUCAAAUGUUAAAAGAACAAUAUGCAAGAAUUGUCAUAGUUUAUUAAUACCUGGUAUAAGUGUAUCUAAUUAUAUCGAAAAUAAAUCAAAAUCAAAAGCACAACAUAAUGAUAUAUUAGUUAGGACAUGUUUAAAUUGUAAGGCAAUUAAGAGAUUUCCUACAAAAAUUAGAGAAGGUAAAAAUGAUACGGAAGAUGAGUAA